AUGUCGCAAGCCGCUGGAUUCGGAUCAGAUCUCAACCAUCUAACGGCCUCCCAGAGGUCUGCAGUGCUGGAAAGACUCAACCAGAUCCAAUACCAGGACACGAUGGACACCUACAAUGGGCUGGUGGAGCGCUGCUUUAACGAAUGCGUUACCGGGUUUAGGUCAAAGGAUUUGGAUAAGAAGGAAACGCAGUGCGUAGAGUCUUGCGUCAAGCUCUUUUUCGAGUUUUCGCAGCGAGUAGGAAUGAGGUUUGGAGAGAAGCAAGCAAAGCUUUGA